CUUUGCUUUGUAGUUAGGCAGACAUAGCGCUGCGCGGCCAAUCACAAAAUAAAGCGAGCGGGAAUUUUUUUGCUGUUUAUUUGACUCAGCUUCAAGUCCAGAGGGUUCUGAAUGCAUUUUGUGGCUCCACUGUGGUUAACCCAUGAUGGAAGACCGAAUAAAGGCAGACGCUUCGUCCGGGGACGGCGACACCGAACCCAGCAUGCUGCUCCAGAAGCUCAAGAGCAACAUUUCUAAGUCCGUGCAGAACAAAGUGGACACUAUUUUGAGAGAUGUACAGCAGUUCUCAGACAACGACAAGCUCUACCUGUAUUUACAGCUACCCUCAGGUCCGAGUGCAGGAGAUAAGAGCGGUGACUCCAAUUUGGUCAACACGGCUGACCAACUACACACCUGCAACUGGAUUCGAAGUCACCUUGAGGAACACGCCGACACCUGCCUACCCAAGCAAGAUGUUUACGAGACCUAUCGGAAACACUGUGAAAACCUGCAGCAGCGGCCUCUGAGUGCAGCAAACUUUGGCAAGAUUAUCAGAGAUAUCUUCCCAAACAUCAAGGCGCGGAGGCUGGGUGGCAGAGGACAGUCCAAAUACUGCUACAGUGGAAUCCGGAGAAAGACAGUGCUAAACAUGCCCCUAUUACCCAACUUGGACCUGAAGAAUGACCCGUCAGAGCUGACAGAACUGGUGCAGACGUAUAAGCAGGAGGUCACAGAGGCGGCGUGUGAGUUGAUCUGUGAUUGGGCGCAGAAGAUUCUCAAGCGCUCCUUCGACACGGUGGUGGAGAUCGCUCGCUUCCUCGUCCAGGAGCACAUCGUUAACCCGCGCUGCAGCCAAGCUGAGCUGGUCACCUCCGCCGCGUUGGCUGGAGGCCCUUCGAAACCACAUAAGGUGAUGAAGAAGAUCACAGCGACUCCCAGAGGGAGUGGAGUGGAGGACGAUGGCAGCAGCCAAGACGCUAAGAAAGACAAAGAUGGUACAGAUCAGUUGUCGCCUGGAAAGCAGCAGCUGAGUGAGAAACCAGCCAAAGGGUCCGAGUCGUCCCGCUCUGGGGGCCGCGACCUGCAGGUGGAGGCCCUGAUGAAGAUGAAGAAGUUCCCUCAGAUCCUCCCGAGAGGUUCUCUUCCAGACAAAUCCCAGCUCUCCGUGCACUCCUCCCCUCCAGCUUUCACGCCCAACGACUCGAGCAGCGUGAAGGUGACUCUUCCCAUCACCGUGACGACGCUCCCGGCCCAGCAGGGGCUGCCUGUGGUGAUCCUGCCCUCAGGGGUGAGUCUUUCUUACCCCGAGCAAGACAAAAGCACUUCGGUCACCGUGUCCACCUCUGCUGCCCCGACGCCGGUGGUUCAGAGAGCGCGAGCAGCUCCCCCUAAACGAGGUCCUGAUCCCAUCGCUGCGGUCGCAGUCGCAGGGCCUGGCGGUAUUCCUCCAAAACGAAAACGAGGCCGUCCCAGGAAGCCGAGGCCGGAAGAGAUGACCCCGCAGCCGCCGGCAGCCUCUUCAGGCCUUAACCCAAAUCCAGCGCCGGGUACGAGAGGGGUCAUCCAGAAAGCUUUUUCAUCCUCUGCGUCCAUCCAGUCCACACAGGUGAUGGAGAUUGUGCUCCAGGAGCAGCCGGGCCUUGUGGUAAGCCAGGAGGUGAGGGAUUCUGAGCAAAGAGGAGUGUUGGUGAAGUGCCAGAAUGUUCCGGAGCCUGAAGCUCCACCCAUUCUGCUGCUUCAGAGUGAUAACCAGCCUGGUUCCGAGAUCACUCGGGCUAUGGUCAUACAGCGGGCGCCAAUCUCCCUGCCUGUGACUCAGAGCGCCACUUCAGCAGCCACGUUAGACGAGAACAGAGAAGCGCAAGACCCUCCCGUCGAAGCUCCGCCCACUUCUUCUGACAAAGAGGCCCUGGCCGAGGAGAAUCCGCCGCCGCCACAGGCUCCUUAGCAACAGCAGCACAACCAGCGCUUUCUUCCCCCACGAGUCUUUGAGCCCUGUGAGCUUGACGUUGGUGUACGUUGCCUUUUCAGUGUCCCUCCAGUGUGACUCGGACGCCAGCAUGUCAAACGCUGUCGCUGCACUGCGGCGGAGUUUGAACUGCAGUUGCUCCGCUGUGUCGCAGCGCUACUUUAGCGUUAGCCUCAUUCAUACAGCCAUCACAAAACUUCCAAAGCUUCCACCUCUGUUUGGCUUUGCUUCAGUCUGGCAGCUGAAGAGGAACUCCACUGAUUUUUCAGAAAAAUUCUCUAUAAUUCAGUCCUUGAUGUAAAUAAAGUCAGAGUGGUUUGAUGUGAACUCGUGCAUCAUAGAAACGUGUAUCAACUCAGAUUUCUUUACAGUGGUGGUGAUGGGAACCAGGGCUUUUAAAGCCUGUAACACAAAUAUUGCCAUUUUACUUACUGUCCAAAACCACCAGUGAACCUACACGAGUCUUCUGGAAUGUUAAUGAUGGUAAAAUAGUGGAAAAUCUGGGGACUGUUUUUCCUCAAAACACCCUGCAUAGAUCCCUCCACCAUGAAUGGAUUUUAAACUUUCUGUGAGGGAGCUUUUAGAGGUGGACCUCUGGUUCCUAUCACCACCACUGUGAACAGUUCUGACUCUAAGUCUCUCCAGAACGGAGCGUUUCACACCAAACCGCUCUGAAUGACUCUGUUUACAUCUUAACAUCUUAAUUACACUGAAAUUUUGAAGAAUUGGUGGAAAUCCCUUAGUUAGAACUGUUAAUUCAAGCCAAGUUAUAUUUAAGAGUGAGGAGAAAUAAAGAGUCCUCUGAUGAACUCUGAGGCCAUUUAGUUGCCCUCAUUUAGUUGAAUCUUCAGAAGACACCCAUCUUUUUGUGUUGUGAUUGGUCAGCAUGCUCACAACCGCACUGUGAUUGGCUCGUGGGUUUAUUUGAAUAUUGCAACCUUGUGAGAUAUCAUUGUUGCAAAGGCGAAUAGUGAUAUGACAGUAUUUUGUGCAGGUCCUUGCACAAGUGUUAAGCAUCGAGAUAAAAAAGAAAGGACAAGUCCAGCACCUUUCGCUGAAUUUUGUUCAAAAUGCACUGCCAGAAGCCUUAAAUGUACAGCUGACCAGACAGAAUCAAACAAAACAAAGUGAAAGCACUGGAGUUUGCACAAGGCUAGUGUUAAAACAACUUCGAGCUUUCUCCGAACAGGAGGAAGAGUCAUUUUGAAGACUCGAUUACACUAUAAGACGUCUUUUACAUGGUAAAAGA